CGUCUGUUUCGAGUGAUGCGAUUGGUCAAACUUCUUAGCAAGGGGGAGGGAAUUCGCACCCUCCUAUGGACCUUUGUGAAAUCACUCCAGGCCCUGCCCUAUGUAGCACUGCUUAUCGCUAUGAUCUUCUUCAUCUAUGCUGUCAUUGGCAUGCAGACAUUCGGGAAGGUAGCCAUGCAGGACUACACUCAUGUCAACCGGAACAACAACUUCCAGACCUUUCCACAAGCUGUGCUACUGCUCUUUAGGUGUGCGACGGGUGAGGCGUGGCAGGAGAUCAUGCUAGCCAGUCUGCCUGGGAAGCGGUGUGACCCAGAGUCUGACUACCUUCCUGGAGAGGAGUUCACCUGCGGAAGCAACUUUGCUAUCGUCUACUUCAUCAGCUUCUUCAUGCUGUGUGCAUUCUUGAUCAUCAAUCUGUUUGUGGCUGUCAUCAUGGACAACUUUGACUACUUGACCCGUGAUUGGUCUAUUCUGGGGCCACAUCACCUGGACGAAUUCAAGAGGAUCUGGUCUGAGUACGACCCUGAGGCCAAGGGUAGGAUCAAGCACCUGGACGUGGUAGCUCUCCUCAGGAGGAUCCAGCCCCCCCUGGGCUUCGGCAAGCUCUGCCCCCACAGAGUGGCCUGCAAGAGAUUGGUAGCUAUGAAUAUGCCCUUGAACAGUGACGGUACAGUGACCUUCAACGCCACUCUCUUUGCCCUCGUCAGGACCGCCCUCAAGAUCAAAACUGAGGGUAACCCCGACCAGGAGAACGAGGAGCUGAGGGUGAUCAUCAAGAAGAUCUGGAAGAGAAUAAAGCCCAAGAUCCUGGAUGAGGUCAUUCCUCAACACGAGGAGGAGGAGGUGACUGUGGGGAAGUUCUAUGCUACCUUCCUGAUCCAGGACUACUUCAGGAAGUUCAGGAAAAGGAAGGAGAAGGAUGGGGUGGCGGUGGGGGAACCCGACCCCAACAACCCCUCUGCUCUACAGGUACCUUCCUCGGGGCUGCGGACCCUGCAGGACCUGGGGCCAGAGAUGAGGCAGGCCAUGCACUGCGACCUGGACGAGGAGGAGGAGGAGGGGCUGGAGGAGGAUGUGGAAGAGGAUGACAAUGACAACGGCUAUGGCCCUGAAUCUUCCAACGACAGGCGGAGCUCCAUGGUGACCACGCCCACAGGAGGUGGCGGUCAGAUGCCCGGGGAGAGCCUGUCCAAUGGGGGGCUGAGCCACCGCGCCUCGCUGUCCAAGACACCCAAUGGGGGGGGUCUACUGGAGCAGGACGAGCUCAGGAGGGGGGAGGACCACCGGGGGUCCGUCAGCCACCAUCACAGACACCCCUCCAUCAAAAACGGGGUGGUGGAGCACGCUCCCAAGAGGUCUUCCUACUACAAGCACAGCAGGCGGGAUUCCAGAGACAGGUCCUCUCCCGUGUCCCGGGGGCGUAACGGGGGGCUAGACGGGGAGGAGGCCUACCCUGGGGAGCAGGGCUACUACAGCCGUGACGAGGACAAUGACAGCAUCAUAUCCCGAGACAGACAUGGUUACCCUGACGACCUCUACCGAGAACACCUGUAUGACACUCCCCGAGACAGUAACUACGGCAACGGCUACAACGACGGCCGCAGGACAGCCAGAAGACGCCUACUUCCUGCCACGCCUACAGGACGCAAGCCUUCCUUCAACAUCCAGUGUCUGAGGAGACAGGGGAGCAGUGAUGACCUCCCCAUACCUGGUACCUACCACCAGAACUCUCCCCCUUGCCGGGCUCGCACCCAGACGUACGGGAGUUACGACUCUCGCCGCAGCAGCAGUCGUUCCUCCACCGGCUCCUCGGCCUCCUGGGCCAACCCCUGCCCCCGGCGCGGCCGCCUCCUCUACGCCCCCCUCAUCCUGGUGGAGGAGGAGGGCGGGCCAGGGACUGGUGGGGGCAUGUGGGGGGGAGAAGAAGCCUCCGGCCCCCAGGCCCCCUACAGGGCAUACACCACCCUGAGGGUGCCCUCCAAGCUCAGUUCUCACUACAGCGACAAGAGGGGCAGUGCCGACAGCCUGGUGGAGGCGGUGCUGAUCUCAGAGGGGCUGGGCCUAUACGCCAAGGACCCCAAGUUUGUGGCCUUCGCCAAACGGGAGAUCGCCGAUGCAUGUCACAUGACCAUCGACGAGAUGGAGAGCGCUGCCAGCGACCUCCUCAGCCGGGGCAGCGGAGGGAGUGGCACCGGGGGUAGCUUCCUCAACAACCCCGACCUGGGAACACUCUACAGCGACGAGGAACCAAUGAGGACUGGUCGUGACGAGGAGGACCUGGGAGAUGAGAUGACCUGCGUGACAUCAUUCUGAUCUGGACCAAUCGCAUCAGAGCAGGAGAGAGAACCUGGAGGGGGAGACAGGGAGAAAGGAGAAGCUGGCCAACCUGGUAUCUCCAGACUGAAGAGGAGACGGGACUGGCCACAAGGCCUCAAAGCUUCACACUGGCCCUGGAACGUCAGCUGCAAAAGAGAGAGGAGGGAGACGGGGGGAGAGAGAGAGAGAGCUG